AUCGAAAUAACUUUGACUGUGUGGCAAAAGACCGUUUGCUUGAUUUUAAAACAGCAAGUUUUAAUCUGGGUGGUUUGAGUACGUCGUGUUAUUGUUUGCAAUUGUAUUAAAAGUGUUGGCGAAUGGUUUGCACACUUAACAGCGUUAACUUUGGGGCCGAUGGGUGAAAUUUGUAAAAUCAAUUGCAUUAUAGUGUUGAAUUGAAGAUUUGCUUAAUAUCUCAUUUUUUCCUACCAUUUUAAUGUAUUCAACAUAUCUCUAACGUAGUGAUAGUCGGAUAUUUUGCAAACAAAUUAAUAUAUAUCAUAUCGCAAUAAUUUGCAGUAAAAUUCUGUUUUUUAAGACGCACGAAGGAGAAUGGAACAAGACCAACGAAAUAAUCAUUGAGUUAAAAGAAAGCGAUAAGAUCUUCGUUUUUCUUAACUUCGUGUACUUUAGUAUUCAGUGACACUAGUACGGUAUCAUGUGACCUCACCCAUACAUUUACAGUCAAACUAACUAUCUGUCAUCGUCAAUUGAAUUUUCAUAUGAUAAACAAUAUUCCAAUAUAAGUGUCAGAUUAUAUUCAGAUGUUAGUUUGCAAAGAGUCUUUGUGCUAAAUGUAUUUCCAUUUUUAGUUUGUAAAAUGUCAGUGUUAAAUGGUCUAGUUGCGGUAUUAAUAAUAUUGGUUUCAGUGAUCUAUUGGUACCUAAAAAAAUCAUUUUCAUAUUGGCAAUCAAGAAAUAUUCCGUGCAAUGAACCACUCAUACCUUACGGCAAUAUAAAAGGACUAGGAAAAAUAAUAUCAUUUGUUCACUUCACCCAAACUUACUACACGCAAUUCAAAGGAACAUCAAAAUUUUGUGGAAUCUAUUUUUUCACACGACCAAUUGCGUUGCUGCUCGAUUUAGAUUUGAUAAAACAUAUUCUUGUGAAAGAUUUUGCCAUAUUUAAUGAUCGAAGUUUUUAUUACAAUGAGAAAGACGAUCCGUUGUCUGCUCACUUGGUGGCACUCGAUGGAAAAAAGUGGAAAGAAGUUCGAAGCAAACUCACGCCAACCUUCUCUUCUGGCAAAAUGAAAUAUAUGUUUCCAACAAUUACGGCUAUUGGCGAUCGUCUUAUAGAUUAUUUGAAUGAUGCCAACAAAUUAAACGAUGUGUUAGAAAUGAAGAAUAUUUUGGCACGGUUCACAAUGGAUGUUAUUGGUAAUUGUGCAUUCGGAAUUGAGUGCAAUACAUUAAAAGAUAUUGACAAUGAUUUCUAUCGCAUGGGCCGGAUGGCGAUACAAAAACCAAGACAUAAUCCACGAAUUUCGUUCUUGCUUAAUGAUUAUAAGCGAUUGGCACGUUUCUUGGGCAUAAAAACCAUUCGAGAUGAGGUAUCCACAUUUUUUAUCGAUGUUGUUCGAAAUACGAUUGGGUAUCGAGAAAAAAACAAUAUCCAACGAAACGAUUUCAUGGAUUUACUCAUAAAACUUAAGAACGAAAAUAAUGAUGGUGAUGUAAGCAAAGGAUUGACUGUAAACCAAAUAGCCGCACAAUCGUUUUUAUUUUUCGUUGCUGGUUAUGAAACGUCAAGCACUACGAUGUUAUUCACACUUUAUGAAUUGGCUUUGAAUCAAGAUGUGCAGAAGAAAGUCCGGCAUGAAAUUCAAAAUGCGAUGAGAAAACACGGUGAAUUUACCUACGAAAUGAUGAUGGACAUUCCGUAUCUUGAACAAACAAUUAAAGAAACACUAAGAAAAUACCCACCAUUUACGACAUUGCGUCGAACGGCUCAAAGGGAUUACAAGGUGGCCGAUUCCGAUAUUGUAAUUGAAAAGGGAAUGUCAGUGGUGGUACCCGUUUUCGCCAUUCACAAUGAUCCAGAUUACUAUGAAAAUCCAGAAAUCUACAAUCCCGAUCGAUUUUCCGACGAAGAAAUGAAGAAACGUCAUCCAAUGACCUGGCUUGCUUUUGGCGAAGGUCCAAGAAAUUGUAUUGCACUUCGAUUUGGCAUGAUGCAAACACGCAUCGGGUUAAUCACCCUAUUGAGCAAUUUUGAAUUUUCAACUUGUUCACAAACACCUAUUCCAAUGAUUUUUUCAUCCAGUCCGAUUGUUUUAUCACCCAAAGACGGUGUUUAUUUUAACGUGAAACCAAUUAAAACCGAAGAGAUAUAAGUUAUCUCAUAUAAUCUUAUCACUUAUCAUUAUAAUCAAAACAAAUACGAUUUUUAAAGUUCACACAAGUUUAUAAUUUAUCAUCUCUUAUCCACAAAUCAAUAUUAUAAUAAA